CGCAUAUUCCGGUAGCCCUUCUCGUUUUUAAUGUACAUGAAUCUUUCUUUUUUCAAGCCGCCAAAUGAUAUGUCUAACACCUUCCAAACCUGAAGUCCACACCGUACCCAAUACUUCAUACACGACACCUCCGCAUCCCCGCCAAACUCUCCGCAAUUCUUGGCGCGCAUGGAUGACGAGAGCUCUGUGCUAUCUUCCCUCCGCUGAGGUAGCUACAGUAGCAACAUACAUUGAUCAAAGUCUUAAAUAUUUACGAGGUAUAUCGACUAUAAACGAUGCAACCGUCACCGUCACCAUCGCCUACCUCGGCUGCCUCAAAGAAGGACAGCCCUUCCAGUGGGUCCUCAUCAACAAUCCGAGCUUCAUCGAGACCAACAGCCCUCAAGUUCGCCGAACCCGUCGUGCAGAAACAGAAUGUAGAGAGCCGAACUCCGAAGGUAUCACUCCAAUUCCAAGCCCACAGUAAAUCGCGGCCAUCGACUGGAAGUCCUAAGUCCUCCGUUGGUGAGAAGCGACGAAUGUCGUCCCCACCGCCUCCGCCUGUAUUCCGCCCACGUGUCUCCUUCGAUACCUUCGACAAGCCUGCCGAUUUCAUAGAAGAAAACUCGUUUACACUAGUUUCGAAACACAAAGACUAUGCAUACACGAAAAGGUCUAGAACAUUUUUAUGCGGCAUCGACUCAAAUGACUAUUCUGAAUAUGCUUUGGAGUGGCUGAUAGAUGAGCUAGUUGACGACGGGGACGAAAUUGUUUGUCUUCGGGUGGUCGAUAAGGACGCGAGCAUUGCCGAUGAAAAGGCUAUCGAGAAAGGUCGAUAUCAGGAUGAGGCCAGGACGAUGAUGAAGCGAGUACAAGCAAAAAACCACGAGAGCAAAGCCAUCAAUGUGGUGCUAGAAUUCGCUGUUGGGAAAGUGAACAAGGUCAUUGAUGAGAUGAUUAACCUAUACGAGCCAGCAAUACUAGUUGUGGGUACUCGUGGCCGUAGUCUGGCAGGUUUCCAGGGUCUCUUGCCUGGUUCUGUAUCAAAGUACUGCCUACAACAUUCUCCGGUUCCGGUCAUAGUUGUCCGACCGAAUUCCAAAAGAGCCAAAGCGAAACGUAAGCGUCACGACGACCCUACGCGCCGUGGUUAUCGAGAUAUCCUCGAUAAGAGUGGUCCAGAGGGAGGACAUAUGAUCGACUUCGACGUUCAGAACCCAAUAUUCGACGAAAGCCAGCCAGCAUCAGAGGAUGAAGCAGCAGCCGUCGCUGAGGCCAACGCAUACAAGGAGAGCCCAGAACGACAUCCGCUCGCUCAACUUGUCACCCCAGCAUCCUUGGCAAAAGUUGCUGCUGAGGCGGAAGCCGAAGCCGGAACGCCACCAGGAGCAAGUCGAAUCAUGAAGAGCCCGAGUCUGGGGACAUUAGAGAGCCCUUUGUUGAGUUCAGAGGAUAGUGAAGAUGAAGAUCAAGGUGGUGUAAGCAUAGAAGCCCACCCCGAGAAGGUUGCACUCUCUGAGGACACAAGACCUGCCACAACCGCCGACUCCAUACCGGAAGAGACUGAGCUACCUUCACGGCCCAAAGUGACGUUUGGAGAGCCCCCAGAAAAGAAAUGAGGUGCAAUCGCUUCCAAGCAUAUGUAACGAUAUUUUUAUACCCCUUCGUUUUCUUAACGUCUGGCGCAGGU